AUGCAUGCUUGUUCACAUGGAAAGGCACCAAUAGUAAAAGUUGAUAAAUUCUCAAAGGGUCAAUGUCCACAAAAUGAUAAAGAGAAAGAUGAAAUGAAAGUGGUUCCUUAUGCGUCACUUGUGGGUAGCCUAAUGUACGCUCAAGUAUGCACACACCCUGAUAUUGCUUUUGUUGUUGGCAUGUUGGGUAGAUACUUGAGUGAUCCUGGACUUAGCCAUUGGAAAGUGGCUAAAAAGGUCAUGCGGUAUCUUCAGGGUACCAAGGAUCAUAUGUUGACUUAUCGGCGAGCUGACACUCUUGAUAUAGUUGGGUUUAGUGAUGCUGAUUAUGCAAGAUGCAUGGAUGUUAAUAAAUCCACAUCAGGCUACAUUUUCAUGAUGGCUAGAGGAGCUGUUUCGUGGAAAAGUGUCAAACAGACACUCACAGCAUCCUCAACAAUGGAGGCAAAGUAUAUGGUGUGUUAUGAGGCUACAUGUCAAGUAAUAUGA